AUGUGCAGCACUAACUUCGGUGCCCUAACCUGCGAGCCCUGUCGGCAAUUCUUUAGGAGAAAUGCAAACAAGAUUCAGGAUUUUGGGCUGUUUUGCUCAUUCAAAGAACGGGAAGAUAUGGGUCGCUUUAAGCAACUGUUUAGCUUUAUGAAUGAGAUAAAGGACCCGGUGGUUCGGUGCACAUCUAAUUGCACCACAUAUACAGAUUAUAUUCGUAUAACAGAGACUUGGAAUGAACUGAAAUAUAAACAAUUUGUCAAAAUGGCCACAAAUAUUACUGAAUUCAACGAUCUGUGCGCUGAGGACAAGGUUUCACUCUUGAAGACCGGCCUCUCGGAGCUGAUGGCUCUGACAACUGUCUUGAGAUUUGAUUUUGAGGGCGAAUUCUGGAGGGUUCCCAUUUUAACCGCAAUAUUGCUCUUUAAUCCAAACGUACAAAAUUUGAUGAAUAGAGACAUUAUUAGACUCCAACGGAAAACAUACAUGUAUUUACUUCAACGGUAUUUAGAGAUUAAACACAACUCGAAGUCAGAAUCCGAGACACGUUUCGGGCGUUUAAUGAAUUGUUUGCAGGAUUUAUAUGUUGUGAGUCCGCUAUCCGUCAAAAAUUAUAUUGAGUUCAAUACUACGGCUAAAAAUCCGGGACCUCUUAUGAAAGAGUUAUACAAUGUGUAAAUUAUUGGUACAUUUUGAUAAACGAGACGUUUUCUAAGUAACCAAGCUCUUAACUUGUUGACAGC